ACGAGGAAGUAUUCUAAGACAAAAUUAUAUGCUAAAGAUGGCUCAUCAAUGGACACAGGCACAGACUUCAUUCAAUUAUGCUCGCAGUCAGAGCUGAUGGACAGAGCUACAAGCACAUAUCGGAGCUUCUUCUCUCUCUAACUCGCUCGAGGUCACUCCCAAAGGGUCUUCAGCUCCAUGCCCAGAUCAUCAAAUUGGGUCUUCAGACCAUUCCUCUCGUAUCCCACAACCUCAUCAACUUCUACUCCAAAACCCAGUUCCCCAUUUACUCUUGCCGGGUUUUCGACGAAGCCCCGAACAAGUCCGCCACAACUUGGAGCUCCGUCAUUGCCUCGCUUGCCCAGAAUGAGCUUCCCUCGCUUGCCAUUGACUUCUUUCGGCGAAUGCUUGAAAAUGGGGUUCGACCUGAUGAUCAUAUAUACCCGAGUGCGACUAAGUCAAGCGCCAUUUUGGGUAGGUGUGAUAUCGGGCAGGGUAUUCAUGGACUUGUCGUGAAGACUGGUUUUGAGUUUGAUGUGUUUGUUGGUAGCUCCAUGGUUGAUAUGUAUGCUAAGUGUGGAGAAAUAAAAUAUGCCCGGAAAUUAUUUGACGAAAUGCCUGACAAGAAUGUGGUUUCUUGGAGUGGAAUGAUAUCUGGGUAUGUUUUAAUGGGUGAAGAUGAGGAGGCUUUGAGGCUGUUUAAACAAGCUUUGGUUGAGAAUUUGGACGUUAAUGAUUUCACAUUUUCUAGUGUGGUCCGGGUUUGUGGCAACUCGACUCUACUGGAGUUGGGAAGGCAGAUACAUGGUUUGUGCUUCAAAACCAGUUAUGAUUCUUCAAGUUUUGUUGGAAGUUCUUUGGUUUCUCUCUAUUCCAGGUGUGGGGUUAUUGAAGGCGCUUGCCGGGUUUUUAAUGAGAUACCUGCUAAGAAUCUUGGUUUAUGGAAUGCUAUGCUUAUAGCCUGUGCUCAGCACGCACAGCCAGACAAAGCUUUUGAACUGUUUGGAGAAAUGAAAAGUGUGGGAAUAAAGCCAAAUUUCAUUUCCUUUUUGUGCCUGCUCUAUGCUUGUAGUCAUUCCGGGAUGGUUGAGAAGGGAAAGUACUACUUUGAGAUGAUGAAGGACUAUGGGAUUGAGCCAGCAGCGCAGCACUAUGCUUCUAUGGUUGACUUGCUAGGCCGAGCAGGAAAACUUCAAGAAGCAGUUUCAAUGGUAAAAGACAUGCCGAUACCACCAACAGAAUCCAUUCUGGGGGCUUUACUGACUGGAUGUAGAAUCCAUGGUGAUGCUGAAUUGGCAGCCUUUGUCGCUGAGAAAAUCACCGAACUUGGCUGCAACGUAGGCUCGGGCCUUCUUGUACUUUUAUCGAAUGCUUAUGCUGCUGCUGGAAAAUGGGAGGAAGCAGCCAGAGCAAGGAAGUUGUUAAGAGAUCAAGGAUUGAAAAAAGAAACCGGUUUGAGCUGGGUUGAAGAUGGAAACCAAGUUCACACAUUUGCUUCCGGUGACAGAACUCAUAUGAGAACCAAAGAGAUCUACCAAAAGCUUGAUGAGUUAGGAGAAGAAAUGGAGAGAGCAGGGUAUGUUGCAGACACUAGUUUCGUGCUGAAAAGGGUUGAUGGUGAAGAGAAGAAUCAGACAAUUCGUUAUCACAGCGAAAGAUUAGCCAUAGCUUUUGGAUUCAUUACCUUCCCACCUGAAAGACCUAUAAGAAUAAUGAAAAACUUGCGUGUUUGUGGUGAUUGUCACACUGCAAUAAAGUUUAUGUCCAAGUGUUCAGGAAGAGUUAUCAUUGUGAGAGACAACAAUCGAUUCCACAGAUUUGAGGAUGGAAUAUGUACUUGUCGAGAUUAUUGGUGAUUCAUAUUCAUUUUUACCAUUAAAAGAAGUAUCACAAAGGAACAGUAAUUAAAAAGAAAAGAAAGACACAGAACACUGAUUUGAUUUAUUGAAAGUGUUAAUGACUCAAUUUUUAUUUAUCUAAUUUAUAGGAUACCAUUCUUUUUCCCAUUAA